AUGGACUCAACAUACACAGUUGCACCAUCUCCGGUGCACGGUCAACCUUCGUUCGCAUACUACCCUGACUCGACACAGCAACAAGGUCAUUACACCAGCCAGCCAUCCGACUUGUGGUAUGCUCAAUCACAGUUUCAGAACCGGGCCGCAGAGCAACAAAUCUACCAGGCUCAGCCCGUGAUGAACAUGCACCAGAUGGCUACUACCAAUGCUUUCCGUGGGGCCACCAUGAACAUGACCCCAAUUGCUUCGCCUCAACCCUCGCAUAUGAAGCCGUCUAUUAUCGUGCAGCAGGGAUCCCCGGUCUUGAUGCCUUUGGACACCCGUUUCCUAAGUCAUGAGAUGUACGCUUUCCCAUCGACGCCGCCACUGUCUUCUUCGGGUAGCACCAUCAGCAGCCCGCCCUCGGCCAAUGGUACUCUGCACACUCCGAUUCACGACAGCUUCUUUGCCUUUGAAAAAGUAGAGGGUGUUAAGGAAGGUUGUGAGACCGAUGUUCACACCGAGCUUCUGGCGAACCAUGACUGGUCCCGCGCUGAUUCGCCUCCAAUGACGCCUGUGUUCAUCCACCCACCAUCUCUUGCCGCCAGCCAAACAUCGGAUCUCCUCUCCGCCACUUCCUGCCCCUCGCUUUCUCCCUCCCCCUCUCCUGUCCCCUCUGAUAUCCUCACUCAUGCUCAUGAUCUCCUCGCUCAAGCUCACGGUUUGACUGCGGAGCACCAUGGCGCGUCCUUCUGCGACCCACGUCAGCUUACGGUCGAGCCUUCGGUGAAUGUGCCUACCCAGGACCUCCCUCCCUUGCCAACCCUCACAUGUGAAGAGGAAGAACCUCGCGCUGUCGUGGGAAGUGCGUCUGUGACGCUCCCCGUCAACGAGAACCCUUCUCCCUCUUUCACCGCUUCGACUGUGGACCCUCUGAGCUCCCUGCCUACCUUCGACAGCUUCUCGGAUCUUGACUCUGAUGAUGAGAUUAACCGCCUGGUGGAGUUCCACCCAGGCAGCCAUGCUCAUUACCAGGGUGAAAAGCGCCAGCGCCUGAACCACUACCUUGCCGAGGAUGAUGGAUUCCUCAGCGAGCACAGCCUUGAGGAUUCGGAUGACAGUGAGGCCUUUGUGCUUCCCACUGCUGCUCCAUCUUUCGACUGGACCGAGUCCACUGAGUCUCAGCCUGAGUCCGAUGAAGCUGCCGAGGAGCCCAAGAUCACCAAGAAGCGUAGCAACCGCAAGUCCACCCGCAAGACUGUCACUGUUGACGAAGAAUCUCUCCGAGCCAUGUCGGUCUGCCACGACCACGACCAUGACCACGAUCACGAGCACGAGCACUCUCCCGAGGCUGAGACCUCCGGUACUGAGUCGGAUCCUGCGCCCGUGUCGGUUAACCGCCGCGGUCGCAAGCAGUCCUUGACUGAUGAUCCGUCCAAGACCUUCGUCUGCACUCUCUGCUCUCGUCGCUUCCGUCGUCAGGAGCACCUCAAGCGCCACUACCGCUCAUUGCACACGCAAGAUAAGCCCUUUGAGUGCCAUGAGUGUGGCAAGAAGUUCUCCCGCAGUGAUAACCUGGCCCAGCACGCCCGUACUCACGGCACUGGAUCCAUGGUCAUGGGUGUCUUGGAUGCUAGUGAAGCAUCAAUGGCCUUCGAUGAGCAACGAGACGCCGGCGCCCUGGGGGCCGUUAUGUACGAAUCCCAGUCUGCCGACGCCAGCCCUGACCGGCGACAGGUCAAGAAGCGCAAGCGCGACUUGGCUUAA